AUGCACCAGAGCGACGCGUGGGACAUCGAUAAGGAGCGCGACGCGCUGAUGUACAAGCGAGAGAGCCUCGAGGCGAUGUUCCGAUUGAAAUUUACCCCGGAAGGAGGGUCGGCGGCGGCGACGGAGACGACGACGCCGGACGACGACGACGCGGGCGAGGACGCCGCGCGGUCGUAG